UUAGCAUUAUGUUUGAUUAUGUGAUGUUUUUGAAGAGUUUGAGAGUCAUUUACUUCCGAGCUUUUCGAUUGUACUUCAGAGACUGCCGGUUCAUAGAUAUUCAAGAACUCCGACUUCCGUGUAGGCUGGCAGCGAGUGUGGGAGUUUUACUGCAGUGCGCAUGCGUGUAAGGCCUUAUUGCGCCAGGUGAUUUUCCUUCGAGGUGUAAAAUCCUUAGCUAAGUCUGAAUUUUCUUCGAACAAUUUUUAAAUUCAAACAGCAACAACAAUAGCCCAUUUAUUAUCAUUUUUUACCGUCCGUGAAGCUUACAACGAGCAAUGGAAGACUGUAAGCGUAUUUAAAUGGUAAAUGAGUCAAAUUGUAAAAUCGUUUUAUCCGCUCUUUUGCGCCACUUGCGGGGUCAGGCAGCCCACGCUGACGACAAAUAUAUCACAGACCGUAUCAUAGCGCAUUGCCCGGGCGUUAUGCUCGGUCAACACGGUCAACUUUUCUCAAAAGCGCACAUAAUGCUAUAAGGUCCGAUCUCUGUCACACAAAUCAACAACAAGAAAAAAAAGGAAAUUGCGGGUGAGUAAAAAGCUGGCAUUUAUAUGUUAGAUAUGAUAUUGUCUUACUGACUACUGUCUUUUUAAUUUAUAAUUUUCAUCAACGCGGACUUUAGAAGAACCCCCGCGCGACACGCGACGGGUUUCUCGGUGUUGUCACGGAAACUGUUGUUCGUGGUAAUUGUAGCGUGACAGCGUCACGCAAAAGUUUGUUCUUUGCUGUAAUGAAGUGCCCGUAUGCACUUCACUUUUGGCGUUUCACGCGGAUAGAGUGUACUGCUUGGACAUAAAUACGGAAUUAAUGAUGUGUAUUGGAAAUUGUUGACAUGAUGGUGAAACGACUUUGUCCAAGCUAAAUGUUUAAGAAGCAAGCUAAUUUAAGUAUCCACGAUGGAACAAAACGGCUAUCCAAGGGCCAAUUUUACGCCAACUACGAAGGCGCUUUGGCCAAACGGCACAGAUCUAAUGCAGACACGAGCACGACUGAAUGGCCACGGUGGAAAAUAUGCGAAAUCUGGAGCACCCAAUAAACGGCAGAAAAAAUCUGGCAAUGCUGUUCGGCCGAAGAGAGCUCUUCUAUGCCUUACACUCGGGAAUCCGAUCCGAAGUGCUGCUAUAAAUCUAGUGGAAUGGAAGCCUUUUGAUGUUAUGAUUUUGAUCACUAUUUUCGCGAACUGUGCAGCUCUGGCAGCUUACGAGCCGCUUCCAGAAAAGGAUAGCAGCGAAAUAAAUGACAACCUGGAAGUAGCUGAAUAUGUCUUCCUGGCAAUUUUUACAUUGGAGGCUGUGCUGAAGAUAAUUGCUUAUGGGUUUCUGUUUCACCCUGGAGCUUAUCUUCGAAACGGAUGGAAUAUUUUAGAUUUUGUAAUUGUAGUUGUAGGAAUAGCAACAAUUUUAGUAAAGGCAUUUUUGAGCUCAGGAAGUUUUGAUGUGAAAGCUUUGAGAGCAUUCAGAGUUCUCAGACCCUUGAGACUGGUGUCUGGUGUUCCAAGUUUACAAGUUGUUUUAAAUUCAAUUAUCAAGGCAUUGAUACCACUGUUCCAUAUAGCUUUGUUGGUGGUUUUCGUCGUUAUAAUUUAUGCAAUUAUCGGGGUUGAGUUGUUCAUGGGACGUCUUCACAAGACAUGUUAUGACAAUGUAACAGGUGCAGAAGCACUUGAAGAAUCACCUCCUUGCAGCUCAGGCAGUUCUGGGUUUCACUGCGAUGCCAGCCUGGGACAAGUGUGCGAGGGAGGCUGGAAAGGUCCUAAUCAUGGAAUAACAAAUUUUGAUAAUAUCGGCUUGGCCUGCAUGACUGUAUUCCAGUGCAUUACACUUGAAGGCUGGACAGAUGUUUUAUAUAUGAUCAAUGAUGCAGUUGGCAAUUCCUGGCCGUGGUUAUACUUUGUUACGCUCAUUAUCUGGGGGUCGUUCUUUGUUCUCAAUCUAGUCCUUGGUGUUCUCAGUGGAGAAUUUGCCAAAGAAAAGGCAAGGGCGCAAAAGAGCGGUGAAUUUCAAAAGUUCCGAGAAAAGCAACAGGUUGAAGAUGCUUACAAUGGCUAUCUUGAUUGGAUAACACAAGCUGAGGACAUUGAAGGUGAUAGCGAGAGCGAGAGCGGAGAUGGGUCAAAGAGUUCCAGAAAAACUUCGAAGCACUCAAGAGCUGAAGACAUUGAAAUGAUCGACAGAAAUGAGAGACCAGACAAUGCCACUCAAGAUGUUCAUCAUGGAUGGUGUCAUAACGAAAAGAAAGUGAUAAAAAAGUGGCAUCACCGCGCCAGAAGGGAACUGCGUAAAGCUGUUAAAACGCAAGCCUUCUACUGGAUUGUUAUACUAGUUGUAUUUUUAAAUUCACUGACACUAGCGUUGGAACAUUAUGAUCAACCUGAGUUUUUAACCGAUUUUUUAGAUAUAGCGAAUAAAUUAUUUUUAGGAAUAUUUACUAUUGAGAUGAUUAUCAAGAUGUACUGUCUAGGAUUCCAUGGCUAUUUUGCAUCGCUUUUCAACAGAUUUGAUUGUUUGGUUGUAAUUAGCAGCCUGUUAGAGCUGGCCAUCACAGAGGCAUUGAACCAGCCUCCGAUUGGAAUCAGCGUUCUUCGAUGUAUUCGUCUGCUUAGAAUUUUUAAAGUAACUCGGUACUGGAGUUCACUUAGUAACUUGGUGGCGUCGCUGUUAAACAGCAUGCGGUCCAUCGCUGGUCUUCUGUUGCUUCUCUCUUUAUUUAUGCUUAUCUGCUCGCUGCUUGGAAUGCAAAUCUUCGGUGGAAAGUUCAAUAUAGACGAAGACCAAAUUCCACGCAGCAACUUUGAUUCCUUUUGGAGAGCACUUAUCACAGUUUUUCAGAUUCUCACAGGGGAGGACUGGAAUGCUGUGAUGUACGAUGGUAUCCGCGCGUGGGGCGGCAUUGGAGAGGCAGCCUCAGCCUUGGCCAUCAUGUACUUCAUCUUCCUUGUCGUUGUUGGAAACUACAUCCUUCUCAACGUAUUCUUGGCCAUUGCUGUCGACAACCUGGCUGAUGCUGAGAAUUUAACAGAAAUGGAGGAAGAAAAGAAAAGGAAGAAAGAGGAAAAGAGAGAAAAGGAAGCCUUGAAAAUGAAAGGCUCCAUAGAAUCACAGAACAUGCUGGACCAGGAUGGAGCUGUGGUGCCCAACCACAGUUCAACCUCACGGUCAAAUGCAACGUUGGACAAGUCCACGCAAGAACUCCAUUCCACAGGAACUUUAAAUGGAAAUGGUGUUGCAAGAACAGCGUCACACAAUGACAUCGAGGCCCAGUCAGCGGAACAAUCUGAACAUGACAAGCCUGCCAUCAACAACAACAAUGAAAGCGCUAGCGCUGCCUCUACUGAGGAUAUCGACAAGGCUCCUAUGCCACCUGAGUCCGCCCUCUUUAUUUUCUCAUCAACUAACAUACUUUUAAAACUUUACAGACAUAUAUUAAUCAUGGGCACCAUCGUUUUCUAUUUCUCAAAGGUUCUCAACUAUUUCGACUAUUUCUUCACUUGUGUCUUCACGUUGGAGAUUCUUAUUAAGUUUGUCGCUUAUGGCCUUAUUCUUCACAAGGGCUCUUUCUGUCGCAGUGCUUUCAAUCUUCUUGAUUUACUAGUCGUAUCUGUUUCUGUAAUCUCAAUCGUCCUUAGGAAUGGCGGCUCCACCAUCAAAACUCACUCGCUCACGAUUCCCGCCAUCUAUGCAGGCUACCAUCUAACCGUCUUUUCCAUUCUUCUGUCUCCACAGCACGUGGUGCAGUGCGUUUUUGUAGCGGUGAAAACCAUCGGCAACAUUAUGAUUGUCACCAUGCUGUUCCAGUUUUUGUUCGCCGUGAUUGGUGUUCAGUUAUUUAAGGUAACGUCCCAUACGUUCAAGUCCUCUCGGAUAAGAACUAUAAACCAUAGGCACCGUCUUCUGCAUCUUCAGUCAAUGGUCAUAUACAGUAUUACCACUUUUGAUCCUUUUAGUCGCACAAACACUAACAUGAAGUAUAUUUUUGGGGGAUUACAGGAAAAAAAGAGAGAAUGGAAAAGACACGACUUCAACUUUGACAAUGUUGGUAACGCCAUGUUGACGCUCUUCACUGUCAUGACCUUCGAGGGAUGGCCAGGGUAUGCUUGUUUCGUUUUUGUAUAUCUUAUUUUUCUUCAGAGUGAACAAAUGUUUGCUUUUGGCUUCUUUCGUUUAUUCCGCGCCCUGCGUUUGGUGAAGCUGUUAAACCAGGGGUCUGGGAUCAAGACUCUACUUUGGACCUUUAUCAAGUCUUUUCAGGCUCUCCCUUAUGUCGCUCUCCUUAUUGUAAUGAUGUUCUUCAUAUAUGCUGUCAUCGGAAUGCAGAUGUUUGGUCGUAUCGCUGUUGACUCUGAAACUGCAAUCAACAGAAAUAACAAUUUCCAGACCUUUCCUCAGUCGCUUAUGGUGCUUUUCAGGUCUGCCACUGGUGAAAACUGGCAGCAGAUUAUGUUAGCGUGCACGCAUCGAGAUGACGUCAAGUGUGACCCGAACGCCGACCCGCAAGAACCCUCGGGGCUUUGUGGCUCGGACUUCGCGUACUUUUACUUUGUGUCGUUUUAUUCCAUCUGUUCGUUCUUGAUCAUCAACUUGUUCGUGGCCGUCAUCAUGGAUAAUUUUGACUACUUAACGCGUGAUUGGUCAAUUCUUGGUCCUCAUCAUUUGGACGAGUACGUGAGGGUCUGGUCCGAGUAUGAUCCUGAAGCACGGGGUUGCGUUAAACACGUGGAUAUUGUGACUGUUCUCAAGCGGAUAGCACCGCCCCUAGGGUUUGGAAAGUUUUGUCCACACAGGGAAGCAUGCAAGGUACAAUUAUUUGUUUUAAUCCAGUAGUUUCUAGUGGUUGCAGUGGGAAUGUUAAUGGCAAGCAGGUAGUUACCCCAGGGGUGCGUCCUCAACACCCCUUCCCUAGGGUUGUUUAACCCAGAGUUCCUAGGGCUGUGGAGGAGCAUGCAAGGUAAAAUGAUUUACUUUAAUCCAGUAUUUCCUGGUGGUUGGAGUGGGAAUGUUAAGGGCAAGCAUGUAGUUACCCGAGGNUUUUUUUACUGCAUAGGCGAUGACGUCACAGUUGGCAAGUUCUACGCUACCUACCUGAUUCAAGAGUACUUUCGCCGCUUCAAAGCGAGACAGAAAGCGCAAGACCAGGCCAAUGAGAUGCCUGGAAACAGCACUGUGGCUUUACAGGCGGGUCUUAGGACGCUUCAUGGUCUCGGACCACAGCUUCGUCGGGCCAUUUCCGGUCAGCUGGGGAGUGAUGAUGACGAGCUAUUCUUAAAAGAAGACGCAUCACAAAAAGCCCAGCACAAGGGAUUCUGGGAGAGUCUUAAAAAUGCAGUAUCAGUAUCACCACGUCAUAGUUUUAAACGACCGGCUUCUUUCCGCUUGUCUACUUUUCUGGGCAAAAAUGGGCAUGGUCUUGACACAAAGAAGAAAAGCUCCUCAAUGUCAAAUCUUACUGGGACGAGGCCUUCAGCCAUGUUCAGUGAUCAACCUUUUUUAGUACCCAGUGCUGGUACAUCAGCAGAUGAAAACGCGAACGAAAGCGAGGGUGAUCAGCCUCGCAUUGAACUUCCUUUGGGAGACCCGGAUGAUCCGGGAUUUUUGACUGCCCUUAAGGGGCAUCCAGGCCUAAAAACUGCAUCGAGCUUGCCACUAAGGCCUAAUCAAUCACCUGAACCAAGACGUUAUACGAGGCAGCGAAGCAGGAGUGAGAUUUUAGGCUUGACGCCUCGACCAGCCUCUGGGGACGCUUCCUAUUUGGGCCGUGAACUCGACCGUGAAAGGUCCUCAAGUAUCAAAAGCCUUCUCGAGAGUGCGUUAGUCGAUGAAGGUGUUUCGAUAACCUUGGACGACCCACUUGUUCGGGUUGCCGAACAAGAAAUCGCCGAAGCUUUCGACGUUUCGGAAGACGACCUCAACGAAGCCGCGGAGAGAAUUUUAGCUCAAGCUAGCGAUCGGGAGUCGGCGACCGAAGAGGAAGACUUCGGUGAUGUCAGGAUCGCGGCAGAGGCAGAUAGCACAAGGAGCUCGCCCUUCAUUUCACCUCGGUGGUCAAGUGAGCCUGACACUCCAAUUAUUAUCACCGAUCUUUGAUGUCUCUGGUAAAUCGAGACUGCAAAGGCGAAAAUUUACACCGUUGCUAAGGAACGCAUCCACAGCUCGUGACGCGAUGCUGUCACGCAAUUGGUUAAGAGAGUUCCCUUACCAGUGCAACCCAAUACGCUUUGCCAGCAACGAUUUCAUGUGGAAACGGGUUCCAGAAACGCCCGCGGUUUUGGGUCAGCAGCAACAGAACACGUUCCAAAAGCAGAACAUCCACUGCUUAGAGAAUGGCCGCAACAGUAAAAACAGUGUAAAUCUUUAACGCAUUUAGCACAGGUAUAUUAUCUGUUAAAGCUAAUUGAAAUUUUACUGCAUCGUCAUCUUUGUAUAUCACACAUUCCCUUUCAUCUUUUGGCUAGGCAAAGAGUUCAGACUUUUAUAGAAACAAAGCUAUAUAAAUUAAUAUUGAGCAGCUAGAUGCAAAACAUGAGAGGAGCUCGUAGAAUGAAUAGUAGAUUUAUUGCUAAUUUUUGGGUAGUUGUAUUGUGUUUCCUUGUAAGAAUUUCCUAGUUUGUCGCGAGUUAAUGUUUGUAACUUUAGUUGGUAGCAACUCGUUGCUUUGUGUCAAAUUAGUGCUAAAGGAUAAUUUUAUUUUAUUUUUUUUCUUGUACUUUUAAGAAGUGCCUUUUUUUUUACUUAAAAUGCAGCAAAAUUGAUUCAAUUAAUUUGUUCAUGAGUUCAGUUCUUAAGCCUAUGUUAGUUAAAGGGAACUGAAGUUGUAUAGUUUAAAGUUAAUAGAGGUAUAUAAAAUUGACGAAUAUUUUCCUUAGGGCAUUUUUUGCUUUUUAAUUUAUUUUUCCUGUGCACUUUGAUCCACUUUCUAGAUUCGAAAUGGUUAAUUAGAUAAUGAAGUAUAGCUGUAAUUGAGUUCUGUGUACAUACUGCAGUAUAUCGAAAUCUGCAUUUGAAGAUUUGUUUUGUUUUGUUACGAAAGAGUGACAAUCAAAGAAGAUUUCCAGUUAUGUAUUUUGUUUCAUUAGAAAGUGACACAUUUUUAGCUAUCCUCUUCACUCCGUAUGUGAUAUAAGGCCUUUAGAAAGUGAGAUAGUUAUUUAAUUAGUAGAUGUCUUAGAGCGGUUUUUUUAGUGAGUGUCGAAAGUAUUCAGAUGAUUACUUUGGUUUUGGUUUUACUACGAUUUGAGAUUGGUUGAGUAGUCUAAUAGACCAUUUUACAGUUGUUUGUUCAGUGACCUGGCUUUUGAAUGACAGCGAGGCUGUAGGCGACCUUGUUUUGAUACAGACGUCACUGUUUUAUUGUGUAAAUCAAGUUGCUCUUGUGCUAACUAAUCAGCAUUUAAAUGAGAAAAGUAGAAAGGUCUGUAUCAAAGCAAGGUCACCUCGAGCCUCGCUUGUAUUCAUAGGCCAG